CCCCAAAACCAAAACCCUUGCUCGUCUACGCUGUACCGCUCUCUCUCUCUCUCUGCCCAUCCAAUGGCCGACUCGAAUCAAUGGGUUAAGCACAUCGAAUCGUUCGUCGGCUCUUCUAGCUCUCCUUCCCAGCAGGCUGCUAGUUUAGAUGCGAUUGCCGCUCUUUUGAAGAAUGAUGUGAUAACUAUGGAAAAAUUUGUUAGAGAGAUGGGGAUGUAUUUGACCACUACAGACAGCAUCAUUCGGGCAAGAGGUAUGCUUCUUCUUGGAGAGCUACUGACGCUCCUUGUAUUAAAGCCACUUGAUGAUGCUUCCCUGCGUAGCUUGAUAAAAUUCUUUGCAGAAAGGCUGGCAGAUUGGAAGGGCUUGCGUGGUGCCAUUGUUGGUUGCUUGGCACUAAUGCAUAGGAAAAGUAAUGUUGGUAUGAUUAGUGUUGAUGAAGCAAGAGCAGUUGCCCAGUCUUAUCUACAAAACUUACAAGUUCAAUCCCUGGGACAGCAUGAUAGGAAGCUUUGCUUUGAACUUCUGGAGUGCCUAUUAGACCGCUAUCCUGAUGCAGUUGUCAUACUGGGUGAUGACCUUGUCUAUGGAAUCUGUGAAGCUAUUGAUGGAGAAAAAGAUCCCCAAUGCCUAAUGAUCACAUUUCAUAUAGUGGAAGUUUUGGUGCGACUAUUCCCAGAUCCAUCUGGUCCACUAGCAAGUUUUGCUGGGGAUCUUUUUGAAAUUUUGGGCUGUUACUUCCCCAUCCACUUUACACAUCCUAAUGGUGAAGACGUCGAUGUGAAUAGGGAUGAGCUAUCAACGUCACUUAUGCUGGCUUUUGCUUCUACACCUCUUUUUGAACCCUUUGCCAUCCCGUUGCUUCUUGAAAAACUUUCUUCUUCUCUGCCAUCAGCAAAGGUUGAGUCUUUGAGAUAUCUUAGCUAUUGUAGCAUGAAGUAUGGAUCAGAAAGAAUGGCUAAGCAUAUUGCUGCUCUUUGGCCUUUAUUAAAAGAGACAAUUCAAUACUCAUUACAACCUACUUCAUCUGUGGAGUCGGAAACGUUUGAUGGUGUUGGUUUUCAGGAGAAUCAAAUUGUGAGUGAAGCUCAUAAACUUUUGCAGAAGGUUGUUCAGCAAGAUGAUGGUUUGUUCUCAAGUUUGAUUGUUGGUGACGAAGAAAUAAACUCAACUAUCAAGUCUAUUUCUAGUUUUAAGAAGUAUGUUGAUAUUCCAAUGCAAAACAAACAUAAACUACAUGCAGUUGGUCGAAUUUUAUCUGUUUCUGCUGGAGCUUCUGUUGCUUCCUGCAAUAGAGUGUUUGAAAGUUUCUUCCAGACCUUAAUGGAUGCCUUGGGACUUUCAGGUUCAUCUGGGGAUAGUCCUCAAGAAGGAGAUUAUGAAUUUUUUGAAAAUCUUAACUAUGGAGCCUUAUUUCUAUGCAUUGAACUCCUUGAUGCAUGUAAACAUUUGGUUGUUAGCUCUAAAGAACUUAAUUCAAUUACUGUGUCUCCAAAUGAGAGAUGGUGCUGCAUGCUUCAGGGCUUUUGUGCCUCAUUAAUCAAAUCAUUCAGUUGUGCCUUAAUGAUCAACACAGACAAAGAAUCCCAGAAUGCAUAUAUCCGCUCUGGAGUUAAAGGUUUGCAGAUUUUGGCAACAUUACCCGGAAACUUCUUACCUGUAUCGAAGUCCAUAUUUGAAAAUAUUUUGAAGCAGUUGAUGUCAGUCAUCACUUUGAAUUUUAACAAGUCAUUUCUGUGGAAGUUGUCCUUGAAGGCCUUGGUGGAAAUUGGAUCAUUUGUUGAUACAUGUCACGAGUCUGACAAGGCACAGAGUUUUAAGGGUAUUGUUGUUGAAAAGAUUGUUUUCUUGAUCUCUUCUGAUGAUUCUACUAUAUCUUUGUCACACAAACUUGAAGCAAUAUCUGAGAUUGGCAGAACUGGGUUGGACUCUAUGCUGACAAUUGUCAAAGGGUUAGAGAAUACUAUAUUUGCCAAAUUAUCUGCUCAUCAGGUACAGGGAACUGUUGAAAUUGAGUCUACCAUAGAGCUUUUGGAAUGUUUGUCAAACAAGCUGCUUCCAUGGUUUGAUAAAAUUGGAGGUCUUGAUGAAGUCCCUUUCCACUUUGUCCUUAAUUUCUGGGACCACAUUGAAAAAAGCAUCAAUUUCAGCAUUGGAUGCCAGGAAAAAGGACUUCUUGAUCCAAUAAUGACAGCAAUGAAGCAAGCUGUUGCAAAAUGUUCAGAGAAAAGUCAAAGCAUCAUUAUCCAGCGAGCCUUCUAUGUAUUUAUGUCAACUACUUCUUUCCCAUUAAAGGACUCCAUGUCUGUAACCACUCCAGCCAAAAUUGAAGCCUCAGGGCUUAAUCAUGGUUCAAGCUGUUUUCUGCCAAGAGAUGAGUGGAUAAUCUCAUUACUGGCUUCUGUUAUCAUAGCUCUUCGUCCUGAAACACACAUCCCAAAUAUUGAAUUAAUAUUGCAGAAGUUCACGGCCGCCCUUCUUAGUGGUAAUGUUCCUGCAGCUCAGGCUUUGGGUUCCAUUGUUAACAAACUGCCUUUAAAAGUCAACACAGUAGAGACCUCUGGUGGUUGUAGUUUAGAAGAAGCACUGGACAUAAUCUAUGGCAAUAGCUUGUGGACUUCUGAUGGUUACAGUCUCUCGAGGAUUUGUGGUGGAAUAAGUGAUGGCAGUGAGAUUGGUCUUAGUGGUUUAAGAUCAAGUACCCAAGAGAGUUGGUUGUUUCAUGUCCAUGUGGUUGUUGGACUAGCAUGGAUAGGUAAAGGUUUGCUUAUGCGAGGUCAUGAAAAGGUCAAAGGCAUAACAAUGACCAUCUGGAGUUCUUUACUGUCAAAUGGCGGUAGUGUGGCCAUACCUCGUCCCAGUACUGAGCAGGAUAUGCUUCCGUUAAUGAAAUCUGCUGCAGAUGCAUUUCAUGUUCUUAUGAGUGACUCUGAGGCUUGUUUAAACAGAAGUUUUCAUGCAAUCAUUCGACCGCUCUAUAAGCAACGGUAUUUCUCUACUAUGAUGCCAAUUAUGCUAUCUUCAGUGGCUAAAUCCGAUUCGUCAAUUAAAAGGUCCAUGCUGCAUCGAGCCUUUGUUCACAUCCUAUCUGAUACGCCACUUAGUGCUGUCUUGACUGAAGCUAAGAAGCUCAUCUCAGUAUUGGUGGAUAGCUUAUCCAUGUUGAGCAAGGAUAUUUUGAAUAAAGAUAUCCUAUAUAAUGCCCUGCUAGUGUUGUCAGGAAUAUUAAUGGACAAAAAUGCAUAGUGGGAUCCACUUCCUCCUGCACUACUGCCUGUUCUUAAUCUCUGAUCUGCUUUUGCUUUAUCUCUGUUCUUCAUCUAUGAUCUGCAUGGAUCACCACAUAUAACAUUCAAGAAUGGAAUCAUUCCCAAAAAGGGAAGGAUUGUUACUGGAACACUGUGUGCUGCUAGGAGACAAAUCAUGGUAACACUGGUUUGCCAUGACUAAUCAAAAAGAUAAGUUCUUAAUGAAGACCUUGAUGUAAACUUAUUUACCAGAAAAUUAACCAGUUUCUUCUACAGUUGUCUUCCUUUGGCCAUAGCUCUAUCGUACAUUUCUUGGAUCACUUGAUUCUAUCUAUUUGUGUUGUGUUUCUUUUUCAAAGUCUUACCAUAUUAGAUCUAUAGAGGCCCUUUCAUACACCUUAUUCUGGUGUAUAUAUCUAGGCAAGUUUUCCAAAAUAAUCAAAGAGGUAACUGCUUCAUGUAGACUACUGAUGUAAACUUACAGUAACAGGAAAAUAACCAGUUUCUUCUGCAAUUGUCUUUGUUGUGGCCAUAGCUCCAUCAUUUAUGUCUUGAAUCACUUGAAUAUAUCUGUGUCAUGAUUCUUUUUGGUUAAAUUGCAACUAGGCCCCUAUGAUUUAUGUCAUUUUUAUGGAGACCUCUUGCAGUUUAAAUUUAGUAUUUGAGGUCCCUGUGGUUUACUUUUCUUUCUAACAACCCUUUUUGUUAGGUCAAGCUACUAAUGAGUAAUGACAUUAAAAUAAAGUAGGGUAAAUUCCACACAAACCCUUUGUGGUUUCUGUUUAGCUUUAUAGAGACCUCUUGUGGUUUAGGUUUAGUUUCAUAAAGACCCACUGUAGUUUAAAUUUAACUUUUGAGACUUAUUGAAAGUGGUGUUGUUUUGAUUAGUUUGCCAACGACGUUAAACUCCAAACUAAUAGAAGG